UGCUGCUGCUGCUGCGCGUUCACGUCCCUCAAUCACGAGCCGCAGAGUUUCAGUCUCUCCGAGUUGGUGUUGAGGGGCUCAUGCUGAAAGAGCAGUAGUCUGAGCAGCUCUUCUGCCUCACACGCCGAGCUUCGAGCCAGGAGGCCAGGCAGAAAGGCAUGGGGUGUCACAACAGUAAGAUGUGUGUCCACGUCCGGCAGAAAAAGAAAAACAAAGCAAAAAAUGAUAUACAUCUAAAGGAGAGCGGCGCUGCUCAGGAUGGAAGUGGAAAGCUCCCUGUGGAAGAGCAGAACACAAGCCCGGAGACACUGCUGGAAAAGUAUGAACAGCAGCUAAAAGUUCUGCAUGCAGUUCUGGCAGGGUCAGUUAAAGAGCGAGAACAGCUCCUGAAGGACCAUCAGCAAGAAGAACUCUGCAUGCUUGUCCAAAGAAUCAUUGAGAAGGUGAGCAACGAGAUUGCUUCUGAGCUCAGUGCUCUUCAUGAGAAGCAGAUGAAGACCUCCUCAGAGCAGCACCAAACAGAGGCAGAAGAGAAGCAGCGUGCACACAAUGAAGAGAAGAAUGCUUUAAAGGAAGCACACAUGGCAGCUGAAAGUGCUCUGAAGGGGCAGAUUGAAGCACUAAUGGCAGACUUGAAGCUGUUCACAGAGUUAAAGCAGCGAGUGAAGGAGUCCACGCUGAAGAGAGACCUUCAGAGAAACAUAGAGACUCACGGCAGUCCUGGUGCAUUCUGGGAGCAGGAGCAGGAGAGUCUGCUAAUCGUCAUAGAGAUGAAGAGGGAGCGUUUACAGGAGCAGGGAAGCAAGCUGCGGCAGAUGGAGGCACUGGUUGAAAAGAACCUUGCUCUGGAGGACCAGGUCUUGCAGGUUUUGCAGCAGAACGAGGAUCUGAGAGUUCGGAUAGACAACUAUCAAACACUAAUACAUCAACUGUCCAAAGAGCAGAAUGAGCUGCAGGAGGCACUGGAGAAGCAAACCCUGCAGACGCAAAAGCUCAGUCAGGAAAAAGAGGAGCUGCUCUUUAAACUCCUCAGCAAACAAGGCUCAUGUUCCUCUUUUCACACACCAGCCAUUGUCCCUGCAGGAGUGUCUCCCAGCUGACUUGGCUGGCCAGCUCACAGACUGGAUUGGACUUAACCCACCAAAGCCUGGUAUUGACCUUCAGAAUUUUGCAACCUGUGCCUCACUUUGACCCUGCUGCUGUUGGUUUAUAUCCCAACAGCUGUUUUCAGGAAGCAGUGGUUAUUAUUGUAUGAUGAAGCUGACUUGCAACGUGAGUGUUUGAAUCUUCUCUGAAAGAUAAAUGUUACCGUGUCUUUAGAAACUGAUGACAUUUUUGUACUGUAGAUUUUUCUUUUUUUUUAUGUGAUGAUCUGUUCCCUUUUGGAAUAGCAGUGAAUCUAAAACAGAAUUUAUACUGUGUACAUUUUAGUUUCUUUUAAAAUAUGCUAACCUAUUGGAGAUUUUAUUGCCAGAUUGUUUAUGGUAUUCAGCAUUAACACAGAAAUUAAUUUUUCAAUUGACAGUUAUUCCUACUCCAAAGACAAUCAUCAAUUUUUCUUUUUUGUCUCACAUUUGUAGCAGCCGCAAGCACUUGUAUGGUUUUAUUUUUUUGUUGUUUUCAGAUGCACUGGCACUUUUACAGCAGUAUUUUCAUAUGUGUGUGUAUAUAUAGACAAGGGAGAGUGUGGGCCUCUGGAUCUUGUUGGCAAGAAUGGUUUGUUUGUGUGUUACACCUUUUAAAUGUGUCAUUUCUGGGCACCCUGAUCUCGUAAUAAUAGAAACAUGACUGGUGAAUCACUGGAGAAAAUCACAGAUUUGUGAAUACAUGAAUUUCAGUGGGAGACAACCUCAUGUUUCGAAAGAUGUGUGUGCACAGCAGCCUUGGGCAAAUGCUAGAGGAUUGCUGCUCAUUUGCUACUAUUUUAGUUUCCUACUGUGCAGCAGUGUAGGAAUGAACAGGACAGUUGUUACCUUUUGCUCAGAAUGGCCGUUUUGAGUGUUUGCUUGUGUUUUCUUUUUUGUUCUCCUGUCGCCAAUUUCUCUCUCCUUGUACUCAUGUAACCAAUUUUUAUGUUCUGUUGUAUGUUGGGUUUUUUUUUAAACCACUGAACACGUGCCUUUUGCUUGGGGCUUUCCAAAGAAAAGUAAGCCGCAAUAAAAGCUGCAUCUGGGGUAUUUGUGAAAUGCGU